CUGCUGUGUCAGAUGUCUCUGGGAGAGCUGCUGAAAUUGCUGGGGCUUGGGGCAGUGGCUCUAACAUUAGGAGUGGAGUGGCUGGACUGGCUGGCCCGUCGCCUGUGGCUCCGGAGAGGCCCCCAGGGGCCCCUGAAAGAAGUCCUGUUCUUCCCUUCCCCCAUAACCUGCGUGGAGCACCUGUACAGCCCAGCCAGGGCCCUUACGUGCUCCUGUCCCCUCCCCCACAGCCUCGACACCCCCUUCACCCGGCUCCUGGUGCACCUCCUCUCUGCGUCUGUGUCUCUGGACCUGUGUGUUUUCUCCUUUUCCCACAUGGAGCUGAGCAGAGCUGUGCUGCUGUUACACAGUCGCGGUGUGGCAGUGCGAGUGCUCACAGACAGAGACUACAUGAGCAUCAGCGGCUCUCAGAUUGGCGCCCUCCGCAGGGCAGGUAUCUGCGUGAGGCAUGAGCUGAGUAAAGUGGUACACAUGCACCAUAAGUUUGCGCUGGUGGACGGAAGAAAGCUGAUCACCGGCUCCCUCAACUGGACCGCCACCGCCGUCCAGAGCAACAAGGAGAACGUGAUAGUGACAGAAGACCCGGGACUGGUGCGGCCCUUUCAGGACGAGUUCUGCAGGCUGUGGGAAGCCAGCGACCCGGCCAAUCACAAACACCAAAUGCCCAUCGCCACGGCAACCAAGGGGCUGGUGACUCACAGCAAAGAAGUGUAG